AUGGGCGCGCCCAUCAAGCGGGUGUCCGAGUGGCGCAAACUGCCUGUUAGCCUCACGGAACUCAGCAUAGACACCACUCUUCGCUGCGGGCAGUCCUUCAGGUGGCGCAAGAUCAACGAUGAAUGGAUAUGCACACUGCACGGGCGGAUCCUUGCUUUGAAGCAGGACCCCCUUCACCUUCACUACAAAGUAACCUGGCCAGAAACAUCACCACCAUCGCCGCGUGGCAUCCCAGCCUCGCCUCUUCAACGCGGCUCGCAGAUUCAUGAUGAUACUGAAGAGCUUCUUCGGCGCUACUUCAGCUUGGACCUGGAUCUUGGUGCCCUGUACAAGCAGUGGUCGGAUGCGGACCCGAACUUUCGCAAAAAGGCUCCCGAGUUCACCGGCGUGCGCAUUAUCAGUCAAGACGCCUGGGAGGCGCUGGUUUGCUUCAUCUGCAGCAGUAAUAACAACAUCAGUCGAAUAUCUCAGAUGGUCCACAAGCUCUGCAAUAAGUACGGGCCAUUCAUCGGCAAGGUCGACAAUGAAGCCCUGCACGAUUUCCCCACCCCUGAUGCUUUGACAGGGAAGCAGGUUGAGUCUCAAUUGAGAGAGCUGGGUUUUGGGUACCGAGCAAAGUACAUCGCAGAGACAGCGAGGGUUGUCGCCCAAGAGAAGCCGCAACAUUGGCUAGAGUCGCUUCGGAACCCUGAACACCAAGGCCCCGGCGACUGGAUGGGCUCAGGAACCCGUAAGGCGACAUACAAGGAGGCCCACGAGGAGCUCCUGUCCCUCACCGGAGUUGGGCCCAAGGUCGCAGACUGCGUCUGUCUCAUGGGUUUGGGAUGGGGCGAGUCUGUUCCCGUCGAUACUCACGUGUGGCAGAUUGCACAGCGGGACUACAAAUUCGGCAAGACAAAGACAAAGACGUUCAACAAAGUCAUGUACGAUGCGGUUGGCGACCACUUCAGGGACAUUUGGGGUAAGUACGCUGGAUGGGCGCAUUCCGUACUGUUCACUGCAGACCUUCGCGAAUUCUCCAAGCAGACGGUCAAGAAGGAGGAAGAAGAGGACGGUCUGAAACUGGUGACAACCGAGACCACGAUCAUCAGUCCCGAGGAACCGAGUGGGACACGGAAGAGGCGCGCUACAAUCAAGGUGGAGGUAAAACGAGAGAUACAGGGCGGGGGCGUCGAGAAGGGGAUGGUGCCGGAUGAAGGAGCAGCGGUGAAGCGUAGGAGGACGAGGCAGACUCGCUAA